AUGGUUAUCACGGGCCAAUGCCCUUCUCGAAUUUGUGUCACCUCCACAAUUGGCAACAAGGAUGACCAAGCAUCGGCCAUUCGUUCCAGCACACAGGCAACGCCACCGAAUGUUGCGUUACGCCUGAUGCCACUAGGAGGCUCAGUUACAUAUGGCGUUGGAUCUUCGGAUGGAAAUGGAUACAGGAAGUUCCUGCAAGAUCUUCUUCUUGCCAAUGGCUACGAAGUCAGCAUGGUCGGCUCACGCAAGGCUGGGUCCAUGCAUAACAACGAAAACGAAGGAUGGCGUGGGUAUCGGCUCGACCAGAUCGAAAGUAAAGCUAGACGAUCCGUCGCGACUGUCAAGCCAAAUCUCUUCACAAUCAACGCCGGAUCCAACGACUGUAUCCAAAACUAUCAACUUGACGUUUUUCGGGAGCGAAUGGACAACCUGCUUGAACAUCUAUGGAAGACCUCUCCCCUCUCUACAGUCAUCUUGUCAACGCUGCUAGUAAACGUGGACAAGCAAGUCAACUCGCGAGUUCUGGACAUCAACAGUUAUCUCCGGGAGCUUGUUGUAUUGAAGGAAGCCGAGCGAAAAAAGAUAGUUCUUGCAGAUAUGUACAGUACUAAAGGCCCUGAUCUUGAUGAUUUGAUGGAUGGCACCCAUCCCAACGAUGACGGGUAUAACAAGAUGGCGCAUAUUUGGUUCAACGCCAUACAAAAAGCCCGCGCAAACGGAUUCGUAGGAUGA